AUGGGAAGUUUCUCAGUACUCCCACAAGUAGCAAGAAGGCUAGAAGGAAAAGUGACACUAAUUACUGGUGGGGCUAGCGGGAUUGGUGCGUCUGCUGCAAGACUAUUCUCAAAACAUGGAGCUAAAGUAGUAAUCGCAGACAUGCAAGAUGAAUUGGGUCACUCUGUAUGCAAAGAACUAAAUCCUCAAUCGACAACCUUCAUCCAUUGUGAUGUCACCAAGGAAACUGAUAUGGAAAAUGCUGUUAACCAUGCUGUUUCCACGUACAAUAAGUUAGACAUUAUGUACAACAAUGCUGGUAUAUUUGGGGUACCCAAAUUCAACAUCCUUGAGAACACCCAGGCUGAUUUUGAGCAAGUACUUAGAGUAAACCUAGUAGGUGCUUUCCUUGGCACCAAACAUGCAGCCCGUGUGAUGAUCCCGAAUCGCAAAGGCAGUAUAAUCAAUACUGCUAGUGAUAGCUCAGCCUUGGCAGGUGCUGCACCGCAUGCCUACACAAGCUCAAAACAUGCUGUGGAUGGAUUAACGAAAAAUGCAGCAGUAGAGCUUGGACAUUUUGGAAUUCGUGUUAAUUGUGUGUCACCCUAUAUGGUUGUUACACCUUUGGUAACGAAUGCAUUUAAUGUUGAGGGUGAUGCAGGUUCUAAAUUUUAUUCCAACCUCAAGGGUGAGAGUCUUGAGGCAGAGGAUAUUGCGAAGGCUGCUCUCUUUCUUGCAAGUGAUGACUCAAAAUAUGUGAGUGGACAUAAUCUUUUUGUUGAUGGAGGCGCCAAAGUUGUGAAUGCAGGCUUUUGUAUGUAUCCACAAUAA